AUGGCGUGGGAGCUCAUGAACGAACCCCGUUGCGAUGUGGAUUACUCUGGCAGAACCGUAAAUGGAUGGGUUCAAGAAAUGGCAAGUCUCGUGAAAUCGAUCGACAAGAAGCACCUGUUGACGAUCGGCAUGGAAGGCUUCUACGGGGACACGAUGCCUGAGAAGAAACAAUUCAAUCCGGGCUAUCAAGUUGGGACUGAUUACAUCAGCAACCAUCUGAUCAAAGAAAUCGACUUCGCCACCAUACACGCCUACCCUGAUAUAUGGCUGGCCAACCAAAAUGAAGCUGCGCAAAUGGCCUUCAUGGGGAGAUGGAUGCGAAGCCAUCAUACGGACGCCAAGACCAUUCUGAAGAAGCCGCUGGUCAUAGCUGAAUUCGGCAAAUCAAGUAAGGACCCGGGUUAA